GGUCACAGCAUAGGAUUCUAUUUUUGAAAAAAAAAUACAAGAUUGAUUUAUACAAGGUCGAUUGUAUAUUGUGUAUUAAUACGAUAUUUCUUUAAUUUUUUUCAACUAAAUCGUUUUUAAUCGUUGUCGACUUUUGUUCUGAAAAAAGUUCUCACUUUUUUGCGACAUAUCUGCUAAGGACAGCUCCUUUAUAUAAUUCAUGAUUGUUUUUUUUACAUAAAUGAUAUGGGUAGAGUAUUUGAAGAGAGUCACGUGUCUUAUUUGAGGUCGCUCAUAUGCAAUGCAUCAUUCUAGUUAUUAGCGCCAGUAGAUGUCGUUAACUGACACUAAACUGUUUACAUAAGUUUAUGUUUCUUUAAUAUUAUUUGAUCUGUCAUGUUACAAUUUUGUUAAUUUUUAAAUUUAUUAUUCGAUUUAAAUCUGAUUUUGUAUGUCUAUCUGAAACUUAGGAUGGUAUACCAGUUCGACCGAUUGAAAAUACUAUUCAUGCUCCAACAACAAAUAUAUCAAAUUAUCUAGAUGAAAUUAUUCGACCUAUAUUUGAUAAGGAACGUCAAAAUACAACUAUUAUUGAUGGUACUUCAUUAAUCCAAGCACUUCAUCAAUAUAUGAAAAGAGGUCUUUUAAAUCAACGACAUUAUUUUGUA